AUGAAUGACACCGCUCUAAACCAGACGGAUUGUCCUGAAGUCAAAGUCCCAGUGCCCCUGUUCUUCAUUAUUGGAGUGGUGAGCUUAGCGGAAAACCUCCUGGUGGUGAUAGCAGUGAUCAGCAAUAGGAACCUGCACUCCCCCAUGUACUGCUUCAUCUGCAGCCUGGCCGCCUUCAACACUAUCGCCAGUGUGACCAAGAGUUGGGAGAAUUUGAUGAUCCUGUUGGCAGAUGUGGGACAGCUCCAGAGGACGGGUGUGUCUGAGACCAGCCUAGAUGACCUCAUGGACUCUCUGCUCUGCAUGUCCUUCAUGGGCUCCAUCUUCAGCUUUCUCGCCAUUGCAGUGGAUCGGUAUAUGUAA